AUGAAGCCCGUGUACGAGGUGCUAAGGACCGUUGACACGCGGUCUCAAAUCAUGGGCCAGAUUUACGGCCUCAUGCUUGAGGCCACCGUGAAGACCAAUGAUAUGGCUGAGGCGGCGGGUAAGUUCAUUGAAUCCACCAUUCUCGUGAGCCGCACGGGCCUGCUUGCCGCCAAGGACAAGCCCGGGUUCUUGGCUGAUGUGAAGGCUAUCCUAGCGAAGCGGUGGGAUGGCCAGCUCCACAACGCGCUGCACGCCUUUGGGUGGCUUUUAAGCCCUCGAAACCAGUACGCGGAGGAGGUGCAAACUGAUUCCGAGGUGCGAGCUGGAGCAGAUGAGGUGAUAAAUGCAAGGGGAGGGGACGUGCAGGGGAGAAUCAAGCUUGCAGCCCAGCUGGCCGCCUUUCACAAGGGUGAAGGGCGCUUGGGCUCGGUGGAAGCGCGGUGGGCAGCUACCCACUUGGUGGAGAGUGGGCGGCUGAGCGACGCGGAGUGGUGGGAGAUGUACGGUGGGGAGGUGCGGGCAUUGCAGCAGCAGGCCGUGAUGACCCUUUCUCAACCGGUCAUGUCCUCCGAGGAGGAAGAGGCCGAGGCGGAGAGCAGUGGGCCGGAUGAACCAGCCAAGCGGAAGACCAAGGGGGUCAAUCCGUGGGACUGUAGUGACGGUGAAAGCGGGGAGGAGGAGGAGGAGGAGGAUGAGGAGGAGGAGGAGGAGGAGGAGGAGGAGGAGGAGGAGGAGGAGGAGGAGGAGGAGGAGGAGGAGGAGGGGGGCUGA